AUGAAUAUCUUUAGGUUCUUUGGUGAUCUUUCGCAUCUAGCAAGUCGAUUCAUACUCUUGUACCUUGACUUGUUUACCAAAUACUACUCCCUUUACAACACAUUGUUGAAGAUUGUUUUCAUUGCCAGUUCGAUAUACACUGUGUACGUUAUGGUUUACAAGUACCAAAAAACUAUUCAAAAUCAUGUUGAUACUUUUCCCGUUCGUUAUUUAGUAGGUGGCGCAGCUGUCGCUAGUUUAAUUUUCACCCACAAGUAUACAUUUGGUGAAGUUGUGUGGAGUUUCAGUUUAUGGUUAGAAGCGGUUGCAAUCUUGCCUCAACUAUUUAUAUUGCAAAGGACAGGAGAAGCAGAAAACAUCACUACGCAUUAUAUUUUCGCAUUGGGUAUUUAUCGCGCUUUGUAUAUACCAAACUGGAUCUACAGAUACUUUGCUGAGGGCCAUUUUGAUUAUGUUUCUGUCCUUGCGGGUAUUUUGCAGACCGCCAUUUACUCGGACUUUUUCUACAUUUACUACACCAAAGUCAUGAAGGGAAAGAAAUUUGAGUUGCCUGUAUAA